AUGGUCCCUAUAUCGCUGCUUUCCCUCAACGAGGACGUCCUUCUCGCAAUCUUCUCCCUCUUGGGCCCCAACGAUGCUCUCGCGGCAUCGUCCACCUCCAGAUUCGCAUAUCGCCUCGCCAUACCCCGCGCGUACACCGAACUGCGUUGGAGCAGGGACUACGAUGUAGACGAAAAUGACGCCUCCGAAGCCCACGCACUUCAGCUGCGCAUGCAGGAACCCGCCCCGUUGACUCAAACCCCGCGCGUGCGGCAUCUCCGCCAUUUCACCCUCGACCACUUUGUCGAAGCCGAAGUCCCUUUUCUAAGGAGACUUCUCAGCCAGGCCUUCAACCUCCGCACCAUCUUCAUUCAGCAAUUCCAGUACUUUAUCGAUAUUGACCCACCCCUCAUCCAGGCUUUCGGUGCGAUGCACAACCUGGAGAAUGCGCGCUUGAUUGAUGUCGGUCCCGAAACGAUUGCUGCCCUUCCCACUAUGUUCUCGAGCCCAGCAUUCACGACCUUGGAACUCGACUUUGACGAACUCUACUACGGCGACCCUAACACCAUCGACCUCGACGUCUUCGUCUCCACUCUCGCGGCCAUGCCGAACUUGCACACCCUCACCAUAAUCUCGUAUACCAUCCCUCCUGGCAUCGUGUCGUUGUGCCCCAACAUCACCACGCUGUCGCUCUUGCUGUAUAAACAGGGCGCCAGGGACACCGCGCCGGUGAUAUUCUCGAUUUCGGAUGAAGAUCGAUGGCCCGCCACGCUCAGGGAACUCCAGUUUCCCAAGCCUGUUCUUAUCAGCACAAACACCUCCAGACGCAUCGGGCACAUCGACUUGCUCGCGUUAGGGGUGAACUCACCGAUCUCCGGCACGGAAGUCUUCGGUGGUUUCCUCCCGCUUCUCGCAGCGGUCCGGCCCACCGGCCUCGAGCUUCAGACAAAACCCAACAUGGCCGACGCCGGCCGGGUUUGGGCCAUCGUGUUCAGCCCGGAGUCGCGGCUCCGCUCGCUCGAGGUCGUCGUCAAGGAGGGCGAGUGCGACGUGGGUGCAUACAUGGACCCGUUGCUCACCGCACUCCGAUCGACGUCGCUCAUAAGUGUCUCCCUGCACUUUCCGCCCCGCGAACGACGGUGCCACCCGUCAAGCAUCGCCGAGGUGGAAGACUGGCGCGCGGCGGAAGUCCGCCGCGUCGAGGCCCUCCGCUCGCUCCCGAUGCGGCUCAUCGAGGCCAUCCCGUCGCUCCGCCUCGUCGCGCUCUCUGCUUGCGCGCCCGCGUCCUCCGGGUUUGACACUGGGCAGGCGCGGGCGCGGUGCAAGGACUUGGAUCCGGCGCUGAGGGCGGAGCUCGCGCGCGAGAGCGACGUCGAGCGGCGGUGGGGCCCGACGGGCGAGUUUGUGAACCCGGCGCUGCGGAGGCUGCGCGAGCUACAAAAGGAGAUACCGCGCGACUGGCGGUGGUGGUGGGUCAAAGGCGAGGGCGCGGCGCGGACGCCGGUGGAGAUAUGGCGGGAGGACGGCGAGCGGGCGGAGGGGCUCGUCGAGCGUGCUGACUUUGACGCGACGAAGACGUUUGAUGGAUUCUACUCCGCGAGGUGCCGAUAUGAGCGACAGAUUCGGUCGGAUGCCCUCCAGGCCCCGCAAUCAGCCGAAGAUACAAGGUGGUGA